CAGAGCCGCGCGCGUUCUGUGUGUUCUUCAGGAGAAAGACGAUACGAAGGUUAUAUAAAUAUGAACUGCUAAAUUAAAUCCUUUUGGAAUAGUCGUACAACAUGGCGGGGCCGAUGCAGUUUACUGAAAUCUAGGCGAUUGCAUGAAGGUUGAGCAUUGUGUAAACUGAACUCUCAGUGCCACUGCUGUUUGAGAUGAAGCGCAGAAGGUCCAAGUCCACUCAGCUGAGCUGUGUUUUUGGCUUGUGCAGUCAGCCGCCUGUCUGCCGAAUGAGAUUGCUACUGCUCUGCUUGUGUGUGCUGCUGGCAGUGACUCUGAGUUUGGGAUUAAUGCUGUCUGACCAUGAAACAAGAAGAUCGGAAGAUUUAUUGGUCAGAGUUCCAGACCUAAAAAAGGAUAAACUGACCCACAGACCGAGAAAACCCACCGCAGCCCAGGUGAAGCGGCUUGUCUCUGGGGUAAACUGGGCUCGAUUGUGGUAUGCCCAUCUCCAGCCCAUCCUCAUAGAGCGACAUCCAGGCUCUCGUGGUAGCCGUACCGUUCGAAGGCAUAUUUCCUCAGUGCUGGACUCUCUCUCUGCGGGGUGGACAGUGCAGAUUGAUUCCUUCAACUCUGAAACCCCUCAUGGUCCAAUUAAUUUCUCCAACAUCCUGGCGGUAUUGGACCCCAUAGCCCCUCGCCGUCUACUUUUAGCUUGCCAUUAUGACACAAAGAACAUACCUUUAGGAAAUCAUGAGCCAAAGCAUGUGUUUGUGGGGGCAAGUGAUUCAGCUGUUCCUUGUGCUAUGAUGCUGGAACUGGUCACAGCACUGGACAGCCACCUAAAAAUGCUCAAACAGCAGAUGGCUCAUGUGACACUUCAGUUGGUCUUCUUUGAUGGGGCAGAGGCUUUUCAGGAGUGGACUGCCUCUGACUCUCUGUACGGUUCCCGACAUCUCGCAGAACACAUGUCCCGUGUUCCACAUCCUCCAGGUUCUGAACACACAACACUGCUGCAUGCCGUGGAUCUCUUCAUUCUCUUGGCUCUGAUCGGUGCCCCAGGUCCAACAUUUGUGAAUCAUUUUCAGAACAGUGCACGCUGGUUUGAUCAACUUGUUUUGGCAGAAAAGAGACUCCAUAAUCUAGGCUUGCUGUCUUCCCAUCCCACUGAGCAGGCAUACUUCAGAAAAGAUAUAACUGUGGGACCAGUAGAUGAUGACCAUAAGCCUUUUCUUCAGCAAGGGGUUCCAGUGCUACACAUGAUUGCUACACCCUUUCCGACAUAUCGGCACACACCAGAGGACAGUGCAGACAAGGUUCAUGGUCAUACAGUGGAGAAUCUCACCAAAGUGCUGGUGGUCUUUUUGGCAGAAUAUCUUGGGUUGUAGAUGAAAAUUACUCUACUCUACUAUCCUUCCACAUACCCCUUGGAAUCUACGCUAAAUAUGUAAAGCUGCCUUAUCGCUCACUUUAUACCCAAAAUACAGUACAACUGUUUUUGGGACUUGUCUUAUACUGAAUAGUAUAUACAAUAAGCCCAAGCUAUCUUUCAAUAGCCUUAGUUUGUGUGUAGAAAACAAAGAAAGAAUGUACAUUAGCAUUAUGUUUCUGUGGUGUUUACACUGCUCUAUCACGAGAGCAAUAACAAUCAAUAUGGAAGCUGUGCAGCAAUAUAUACACAAACCAAAUAAUGGCUGUUACCUUGUAUGUACAUGCACUUAAAUAUGUGUAUAAUGCAGUGAAAUACUGCCAUAUUAUAAAAAGUAAUAAGAAUAUACUUCUGUAUACAAUAGGGUUGCCUUUCAGGAUUUCUUGUCUUCAUUAGCGUAGGGUUGCCAUUACCGGCCUAUUAAAAGGUCCAGUAUUUGCACGGUUGCACUUCUCAAUACCGUAGAUGUAAACACACAUGGAUGCAAAGAAUACUAUUGUAUUUUUUACAUAAAAGAAAAUAUUUUAGGACCUUAGGAAGAUUUUGGAUAUUUUUGGUUAAACUAAUGUGACUGGUAAAAACUGACAAUGCACUAAUAGCAUUUGAUAUCAAUCUAUCAUAAACAUUGUAUUUAAAAAUAGCAAAGCUUCCGCUCCAUUCACCUGGCAAAUGCUGCGCUAGCAAAAUAUAUUUUUUUGUUGAAAACUGAAUGUCCCAUUAUUUGUAUUUAAUAUUGUGAUUAAACAUGGGAUACACCA